AUGACCGAACGCCGGGACAAGACAGAUACAGCACCACGAAAACGGGCGCUCGUGAGCUGCGACCGGUGCAAAUUACGAAGAGCUCGAUGUAUUCGCGAUAACCCGGACGAGCCAUGUGCGGAUUGCAAAUUGAGUGGGGUGCAGUGCGAGUCGAAGUUGCCACGAAAACAGAGGGUCUACGGGAGCGUAGAGACGUUGAGCCUACGGUACAGAGCACUCGACUCAUUGGUCAAAGGCCUCUUUCCACAAGAAAACACACAGGAUGUUAGCGUCCUAUACAAGAUUGCUGCAGCGCAAAACAUUCCUAUGCCGGAAAGCGACGAUUACACGCCCGCCGACAUCUUCAGUAACCGUAGCAGUCAGCCACUCCCGCAACGCCAACAGCAACAACAACCACAACAGCCUCUACAAAGUGCACCGGGGUCGCAGCAGACCUUUGCUUCUCCACAGAACCUGACUGACUCUGCACAUUCCCGGGAGACUACCUCUCCACCAUUCACGAGGAGAGAUAGCAACCAACAAAACCCCUUCUCAGAAGUGCAAGAGCCGUCGCGACAUCCCGAGGAACUGAUCCCAACAAGGCAUGGCGUGCCGCAUUACUUUGGUCCUUCGAGCAGUUUCAGGCUUGCUACAACCAUUCGAGCGCUAGUUGCUCGCUACAAAGCUGUGUUGGGGACAGACUUUCCGGUCUUUCGCGCACCUGGCUCUUUUCGUUCCAACCCAGCAAGCAGAAUUGGGAUUAGAUCUGGCAUGUCGCUCCAAGUUAGUAAUAUGAAUCCUUCAGACGAAGAGUAUACCGUACCCGAUUCUAGAGAGCAUCCAGCCCGAGAGCGAAGAGGUCGCAAACGGUCCAGAGUACAAAUGGAAGAGACAGAUGAUCAAUGGGAGCAUCUCGCUGGGGAACCUAAUCCACAUACUAUCGGGGACUUGCUACCCUCUAGAUCCCUCGCAGAUGCACUCGUUUUGGCCUUCUUUGACCAUGUUCACGUCUACCUCCCAAUUUUCCAUAGAAGCAUGUUUCAGUUUCGACUUGAAGCGACAUACGCGCGAAAGACAGAGCUACUCAAAGAUUGUUGGGACAUAGGGUGGCUAGUCGCACUAGCCUUAGUCUUUGCUUUCGGGUGCCAGCAGCUGCACGAGCAUGACCCUGAGCAAGCACACAAACUUCGAAUGGAAUAUCUCAGUUUUGCCAAGACAUAUUUCCGACAGCUCCUUACAACGACAUGUCUUGCCAAUGUCCAGGCUCUCGUUCUCCUCAACCUUCACCACCAUACCGUUGGACAGAAAAGCAGCUCUUGGCUGCUCAUAGGACUCGCGGCCCGAAUGGCUAUCACCAUGGGAAUGCAUCGAGACGGUGCAAAUAUGGAGUUCGAUCCGAUAGAGCGAAACACACGCAGGCAGGUUUGGUGGUCGAUCUACUCGUUUGAGAAGAUAUUGUGCAGUAUUCUCGGACGCUCAACGGCCAUUGAUGACCGCGAAAUGUCUUUCAAGAUUCCAGACGCGCCCAUGCUCGAGCAAAAGACCAUGUCCGCAGAGUUCAUGGGCUUUAACUUUGAAGUUGUUCGGUUAUCGUAUUCGAUUCGACAACGGGCGUAUUUUGACAAGAUUUCGGCCCAAGAACGAUCGCCAACAAUAACUGUCGCAGAGUCCUUACUUCAGGAGUGUGACGAUUUCUUCACGACGAUACCGACGCAUUUGUCGCUGAUAUUCUCACCAGUGCCGUCAGACCAAAGAGGGAGGAUACUAUUACUACACAUCUACUACUUCUACACGCGCUGCAUCGUCUCACGAGAUUUUCUCAUACGGAAGGUCGAAAGAAGUAUCAACCAAUUAGAGAACAAACCUCCUCCAUUUUCAGAAGACUGGGACAAGACUUUUGCUCUGAGCGAAGACUGUGUCGAAUCAGCCCAUAAGAGUCUUCAGUGCAUGAUGGCCGGUGCACAUCUUGGGAUGAUCGGAUACUCGUGGUUAGAUCUCUUCUUUAUCCUCCAUUCUGUCCUAAUCGUCUGCGCGGACUUUCUUGCACGGCCGAAGGAGCAGCCAGACUCACCCAAGGACACGGAGCGGAAAGAGAUGGUGCGCACAAUGCUCAACUAUGUUCGUGGGAUGAAGAAAUUGGCGCCUACGUACAUUAUUCUCAGCCAGAUCGCCAUGCAGUUUGCCAGUAUUACGGGCGUAGCUGAUGACUCGAUCACAUCGCACAUGUCGAAUGCGCCACACGACUCAGACAUUGAACCGCGUCCGUGGAUGGGGGGUGACGGCGCCACAGAGGGCCAAAUGGAAAUAUCGGAUGUUCAAGAAGAUUGGUUUGCGAAUGCAACGACAAAUCUAGGCUUGGAUUUCUUUGAUCUACAAGCCACAGCUGCAGGUUCAAUGCCAAUGCAUGCGGACCCUACAACUUACCCUAGUGGGUACUUCGUGGAUCCGAAUACCAACGUGGCAGUUGAUUGGACAGCUAAGACGACAAGGGGGGUGCACACUAUGUGA